GAGACCUUCGUCAGUUGAAGCAGUGCUCUUGGGGAACGUUAGAGGAGCCGAUUUCCAGCAUGAGCACAGCCAUGAAGUUGACAAAAGUUUUCAUCUUGUCUCUCUUUCUGUUGGUGGAGUUGGAAACAUCUGCUGCUAAAGUUGAAGAGGAAAACCCAGAGUUCUGGAGGUUGCAAGCCCGGAAAACUUUGCAGGCAGCAUUGGACAGGAAGCUCAACACCAACGUGGCCAAGAACAUUGUGGCUUUCAUUGGAGAUGGUAUGGGAAUCAUGACUCAAACAGCGGCUCGAAUUCUCAAGGGUCAACUUCAGAACCAGACAGGAGAGGAAACAGUGACAACCAUGGACACGUUUCCUCACUUGGGCUUAGUUAAGACUUACAGUGUGGACUUCCAGAUUCCAGACAGUGCAGCCACAGCGUAUCUGUGUGGAGUCAAAACUAACCUCAACAGCAUCGGCGUAAAUGCAGCUGUUCGCAACGGCGUCUGCAAGACACAGAAGGGCAACGAGGUCACAUCCAUCCUGAAGUGGGUGAAAGAUGCUGGUAAGUCUGUUGGCAUUGUAACAACCACGCGGGUGCAACAUGCUACCCCAGCAACCAGCUAUGCCCACAGCGCCAGCAGGAAGUGGUACAGUGACGCCGACAUGCCGAAAUCUGCAAUACGGGACGGCUGCACUGACAUCUCCUCUCAGCUCCUAAACAACACAGACAUAGAUGUAAUCAUUGGAGGUGGGAGAAAGUACAUGACACCUAAGGGUACCAAAGACCCAGAAUACCCCUGGGAUUUCAACUCCAGGGGCAAAAGGAAAGAUGGACGCAACCUCACUGACGAAUGGCAGAAAAUGAAAGUGGGAAAGGUAGCCCGCUAUGUGUGGAAUAGAAAAGAUUUUGAUGCUGUUGACCCCCAAACGACCGACUACCUCAUGGCUCUGUUUGAACCCGGUGAUCUGCACUUUGACGCCGACAGGAACCCGAACAUGGAGCCAUCCAUUGUCGAGACAACAGAAACCAUUCGCAUCCUUCAGAGAAACCCAAAAGGCUUCUUUCUUCUGGUGGAAGGUGGUCGUAUCGAUCAGGCUCAUCACGCCAGCCGCGGCUUCAUGGCUCUGCAUGAAACCGUGGCGUUUGACAAUGCCAUUGCCAAAAGCCUUGAACUUACCAAAGAGGAGGACACUCUCACGGUAGUCAUGGCUGACCACUCCCACUCUUUCACACACAACGGAUAUCCAUUUAGAGGGCAAAGCAUUCUGGGCAAAUCACCGCUAUGGGCCACAGACCUGCUGCCUUACACCACGCUGAUGUAUGGUAACGGACCUGGAUACAAAAACAUGGACAACAAACGUCGUGACCUCCGCGCUGUCAACACCAAAUCUAAAACCUUUGUGCAGCAGUCUGCAGUGCCCAUGAAGUCUGCCACUCACAGUGGAGAAGAUGUGGCUGUGCUUGCUCGAGGACCCAUGGGUCACCUCUUUCAGGGCAUCCAGGAGCAGAACUAUAUCGCCCAUGCUAUGGCCUACGCUGCUUGUGUAGGUUCUGAUCUGAGGCACUGUCAGAAGAAAUAACUAUUACAACAGGGCUGGAGCCGUUCUCGGACCCACCACAUUGUUCAGCACCUUCCUCACUGCUCUCCUGACAUUCAAAGUUCUGAUCUAAAAUCAUUCUUCUUUAAUAAGCCUGACUGAUCUCAGUCCUGCAUCCAGGAGGUCAAAGGUCAGGAUCAUUGAUAUGUUAUUAGAAAUAAUUGGGACUUGUAAGCUAACAUAAAUGCUUAUUAUGUUCAAGGCUGAAAAGAGUCAGCAGACCAUUAUAACUCUAAGAUUUGCUCAGAAAUAUAAGAAUCAGUGAUUAUUUAUUAAGAAUGUUAUUGAGUUCAUGUUAUUGUUAAUAUUAAUUCAUCAUGAGUUUGUGUUGAUUUUGCCUUUUACCCAUGUUGUACCAAUAAAGCCUUUACUGCACAGAA